CGAGGCGGGCGAUGAUAAUGCUCGAGAGCCUCUGCUCGCUCCACGACCAAGCAGACAAGGACCGCAAAGAUCUCAUAAACGUUACACAGAUGGUGCAGGCGGGCUCUGGUUCAUGUUUGUAGGGUUAUCAGUCCUGCUCCUACUUUUUGCUGGGUCCCUCGCCGGUUUCGUCGUGCAGACCAUGAAUGUCGCGGGACUGCGCCGCCGGCUCGACAACAUAGUUCCCUCCGAACAGGAACGUAACGCCUUCCGGCAGAUAUGGGACGAGCAACGCCGUGCCCACACGGAGGAGCGCGCACAAUGGGACCGCGAGCAUGAGGCGCACGAAUUGCAGAGAGCAGAAUGGCGCAAGUCUCAAGAGGAAUGGGAAGCAGAGCGCGAGGAACGCCAGCGCGAGAAGGAUGAAUGGGAGCGCGAGUGGAACAAAUGGAUGCAGGUCUACGAGCGCAAGCGCCAUGAGUGGGUGGAAGAAUUUGCACGCCAACGCAGAGAGUGGGAGGCCGACUGGGCAAAGGAAAAACAUCAACGCGAGAAGGAACGUCAGGAGGAUAACGUUCGCCGACACUGGGAUGAGGGCAAGCGACUCGGUUUGUCGUGGCAGGAUAUGGACGGCCAUCGAUGCUUGUUCUAUGGAACGCGGGAGUAUACGGCGCGGCUCGACAUGGACGUGAUGGAGGCUUGCCGACAAAUGCCCCUGGAGCACCACGGAAACUUGCUGGACAUACCACGUACAUGCGAAAUACUGGAUUCAAAGCUAAUCACGCACUUUGAGCUAGAUGAUGCGGUAUGCAUGCCUACAUGGGGACCGAUCAAUAACAAGGGAUGCGCAGGACGUGGCAAGCGCCGCUACGAAGCCCGUCUGAACGGCGUCCGGAACGGAGACAGCUGGGAGGUCAUGUGCAGCACCACCCCUGCUACGAUCAAUGAUAUGUACUUUGAGUCGCCCACAUCCUGUGAGAACAGGGGCUGGUGGUCCGGAGAAGUGGGCAUUUGGCUUGUCGACGAUUGGCGAUGCUCAUGAUGAUACUUGAUGAUACUCUUGAACAUAUGUCGUUUUUAUUGUCACCGCUUGGCCUCGUGCUCCGUGAUGACUGAUUGUCAUUUCUUUUCCGUACCUGUAAUUUUAAGUACCACGAGUCUGACACUUGCGAUGCUUGACGUGGCGCGGUCAACUAUGCCG